AUGAAAAAUAAAGGAACUCGUGAAGUGUUAAGAGUUUUACAAAAGUUCGUGGCAGAACAUAGCCCAAGUACUUUAACAUCAGACCAAGACAGUGCAUACCUCAGCAAUGAAAUCACAGAUUUUCUCAUUAAGCAUAACAUAACUCACUACACUACUGAAGACCAUAACCAUAACAUACUCGGCAUCAUAAACCGCUUCAUAAGAACGCUCAGAGAUUUAAAUCAAGAGCGAGACUUUACCGAAGAAACAAUGAAACAUUUUCUCGAAGUAUAUAAUUCCUCAACACAUUCUACAACAGGACAUACACCAAAUUCAAUGACACAACAACAAGAAGAAAAGUAUAUACAAAAGAAACGAAGCCAAACACAAAAUAUCAGAAAUUCAACACAAUUUACCCUCAUUCCUGGUACAAAAGUUCGUGUAGUUCUUGACGACAAACCGUUGACAAAGAAACGUUUAAGGUUAAGUCGAAAUUAUUAUAUAGUAGACUCUACGCAAGGUAAUGGAUAUCUUAUAAAAGCUGCCAACGACUCUAUUGCGUUUUAUCCUCGUCAUAAAUUAGUUGAAAGUAGUAAUGACAAACUUGCUGAAACCAUUGACGAAGCAAAGCGAGGA